UUUUGGAACUUGUUUAUCUCACUAACAAAUUAUUCUUCCAGAGGGAAAUUAUUUUCCUGAAUCACAUUGAUGUGGGAGAGCCCAUGGGUCGCCAGUUGUUCACCCGCUUCAGAUGGGGAAAUAUUGCAUUUUUAGACAUUGAGGGUCUUGAGGGAGUCCUUGAGAGAGGAGUUUUUUAUGGCAAUCACAAUCUUUUCAAAUCUGUCUGGGUACUUGUCCCAUUCUUGGUUGCACCAGUCAUCGUAAGCACAACCUCUGAAGCUCAAGUAUUCGAGUUUGGACUGGGCAGCAGAGGAAAAUUUGAGGGAGUCUGAGGUCUGAAUUUUGACAAUGUUUGAGUUUAUAAAAUUAAUUUUUAUUAUGAAAUUUUUUAA